GCUUUAUCAUCUCAUGAACGAUGAAACCUUAGUCUAUUAUGCUCAAUGAUCAUGAAUCGGAGUUCUUCUAAAAACUCGCUAAUCGGCAACGGAGGUCGGAAUCUCCAUUCCAAUGGUAUUCAUCACAAUGCUCCCAUCACACACCGCCGAUCCAUGAGUUACACCAACAACACCGACGAUUUCAACAACAACAACGUCGAUCUCUUCUCCCGCAAUCGGCAUAGUCUCUCUGCCGCCUCCUCUGAUGAAUCCGACUUGCAGGUGAGAUUGGGAAGGCUUUCCUUUGGAUCAACAAAACCAGCAAAAAGCGUAUUGGAUGAUCUACUUUCAUCUAAUGAAGGGGGAAAGCAUGAUUAUGACUGGCUCCUGACUCCUCCAGGAACUCCUCUACUUCUGUCUUCGGAUGGAAAAGAGUCUCAACCAACAUCAGUCGCCCCAAGAAGAAAUUCUUCAGUUAGAUCAGGCUCUACAAUUAAGACUUCAAGGCUUUCUGUUUCACAAUCUGAGAGUAAUCAUCCAUCAAGACCAGCAAGAAGCAGUUCAGCGACUCGCCCGUCCAUAUCUACCACCCAAUACACAAACUACUCCAACAGAAACUCCAAUAUUCUAAAUACCAGCUCUUCUUCCAUCUCUUCUUACAUUAGACCGUCCACCCCAACUAAUCGUUCUUCAUCAGCAGCUAGACCCUCCAAUGCAUCUUCCCGUCCAACAACUUCACGAGCCACAACACCUUCUAGAACCCGUCCAUCCUCCACUACAACUUCCAUUGACAGAACCAUCAGACCAUCCCAAAACUCAAGACCAUCAACUCCUACUCCCCGGCCGCAAAUAACUGCCAACUUGACUUCCCCUACGAUUCGACCAUCUUCUAGACCAUCAACUCCCACUCGCAGGAGUCCAACACCUUCUCUUGUUCCAUCUUCGCCAUCUGGUGGACGUGCUUUACCUUCAAAUGGUCGCAUAUCCAGGCCAAGCUCUCCUGUCUCACGCAUUCGCCCCCCACCACAACCCAUCAUUCUCCCUGAUUUUCCACACGAAACGCCACCAAAUCUCAGAACAACUUUGCCCGAAAGGCCUCUCUCUGCCGGUAGGUCCAGGCCAGGUGCAGCCAUGACUGUGAAGGGACAUGUAGAGAAUACAAAUUCUGGAAGUAUAACAAGGAGACAGUCAUCGCCUAUAGUCAAUAGGGGAAGACUUGCAGAACCGCCUGGAAGAGGGCGGCCCCAUACUAAUGGGAAUGUGGUCGAGACGUUAGAGGCUCGAAAAACUUCACAUUUGCCCGAGUCAUUGACAAGAAAACCUAUAAAGAUGUCAAAUUCUGAGAAUGGUACGGGCUUUGGGAGGAGUAUCUCAAAGAAAUCACUUGACAUGGCCGUUAAACAUAUGGAUAUAAGAAGCGGAGGCAUACGUCCACUUUCCGGCUCAACACUCUUUCCUCAAAGCAUUCGAAGCGGCAACCCCAGAAUGCAACCUGGUCGUGCUUCAGGUGGAUCCGUAAAUGGAAAUUAUUUGGAAAACAAAGCCAUACCUGUCGUAUCCGUACAACAUAAUAGAACAUCAUAUUCUGGUAAAGUAGCAGAAGUUGACGUGUACGAGAGCUCGAGAUACGAUGCGAUGUUACUGAAAGAAGACUUGAAGAACACAAGUUGGCUGCACAGUACAGAUGAAAACAAGGACCAAGGUCCGUUCUUUGAUAAUGGAUUUGAGCCACUCCCUGAACCUUUUGGCCCAUUGUGA